GGGAUACAUUCCACAUAGGACAACAGUUAGUGAUGGAUAUAGGAAUGCAUUGGAGAAUUUGGUUUGUUUAAAUUCACUCUUUUUAUUUUCUAUUUAUUCAUUUCUUUUUUAUUAUUAUCAAUAUGUUAACUACUGGUUCAAGUGAUUAUUCUUUAACACUAGCAACAAAUCAUCAAGAUAACACCAUUCAUUGUACAAAUAAUCGACUAGUACAAAAAUGGAUUGACCUUGUAGAUCGAUGUUUGGAACAACAAUGGAAGGAUUCACAACAAUUAUUAGUAUCUGCAAAGAUUUUGAAAGAUGCUUCAAAUUUAUUUAAUCUUGAUCAAGUAGUGAAGGAAUUGAGUGAUCUUGGUCUUGGAAUCAUGCAACGUUCUAUUGAUCUACGCCAAGAAUUAGUUGACAAUGCGUUUGACUUUUAUGAUCAACCAAUCAACAAUCCAACACAUCCAUCACCUGUUUCAACCACCGCAAUUGGACGUGACAUACCAGUGAAACAUUUGAAUCAUACUUCACUUUACGUAUCUUUGCCAUCAUCUCCUGAAUCUGAUGUUUAUGAACCUCUGUUAAGAAAAUCAUCAAAUACCGCAAGCUCCAAAAGAUUAUCAUAUUCAAGUGAAGGUUAUUCUCCUUUCACUUUACAUUCUAAAUUAUGGGAACAUCAACGACGAAAUAAGUAUGAAAAAAAGACUACAAACAGUUUCAUAUCAUCAUCAUCAUCAUCAUCUUCUUCUUCUUCUUUAUCAUCUUCUAUGUCAUUCUCUGCUUCAAGAUUUUCACCAUCAUUAACAACUAAAAAGUUAUCAGAGAAAAAAAAGAUAGAAAAAACAACAACAACAACAACAAAAUGUCUCUUGGCUCCUUCUCCAUCAGCACCUACGCUUUAUCAAAUCAUACCAAAGGAUGAUGAUGAUGAUGAUGAUGUUGAUGAUGAUGAUGGUGAUGAUGGUGAUGAUGAUGAUGGUGAUGAUGAUGGUGAUGAUGAUGAUGAUGAUGAUGAUGAUGAUUUAUUAGACAAGCAUCCAUCCAUUUAUAGUCAAGAUCAAUGUUCAUCUAAUUUCAUUCCAGCAUGCACUUAUAACUAUUAUCCUACAUCUGGGGAAAAAAAAGAAUCAUCCAUUCAGUGUCAACAAUGCUUUUUUUGUAGAUCUUCCAUGCCACGCCAAAGGAGUUUCUCCUUGGAUCAGACUGUGCAUUCCCUUCCUAGCAACAAUUCUUCUACAACCUCUUCUGCGAUCAUCACGACAGAUCAAUAUCCUUUAGAUAAAGAAAACAAAGAUCAUCCUCAAGUGAAAGAUGCAAUGCUUAUGACUGAAAAAGCUGAUGAUGAUACUGAUGUUAAUGAUGAUGAUAUUAAUGAUGAUGAUGAUGAUGAUGAUGAUAAUGAUGAUAUCGAUGAUGAUAUUACUCUUUUGGAAACGACUUUGUCUCGCGAUUCGCUAGAUUUGGAUGAAUUACCAAUGCCGCCCACCCGAAGAGACUUAAAAUCACCUCCUCCAUCUUAUAAUAAUAGUAAUAAGACAAUGAUGAUGAAGGCUCCAUCGAUUCCCAUCCCAUUGCGUACUUCUUCCUCCUUGGAUACUGCUGUCGCCACUCCUUUCAUCAUCGCAACCACACCAAAACCAUCUACACCUGUAGUAGGAGCAAGACAAUCAUUAUCAUCACACAUCACACCAAGUACAGCAUCAUCAUCAUCAUCCAUAGUACAUACAAUGUCGACAAAAUUCCAUUUCAAAAGAAGUGGUAAAAAAAAAUUAUCACCCACGAUGGCACAAUCCUCCUCUUCUUUCUCAUCAGCCACUACCGCUUUUAGCCACCAUAGUAGCUCUCCUUUUGCAAAUGAUGACAAUAAUCGUGAUGAUAAUGAUAAUGAUGAUGAUGAUGAUACAAGUAACAAAACAAAUCGAUUUAUUCGCUCGUUAUGGAUUGGACGAAAAGUAUCCUUCCCUACUCUAUUUGCAUCCAAAAAAGUGCAUCCUUUAACACCUUCCAGUAUAGAUGAUGAUCCUUUUUUACGUUGAUGAAUGUUUUUUUAUUCUCUCUCUUUUCUUAUAUAUAUAUAAUAUUCAAAAAUAAAAGAACAAACUACAUUAUAA